CAAGGAUUUAUCACGAGUGGUUGUACACAGUUGCACCCUCUAGCUUUUACUCGCAAUAUAAACCAACAGAAAUAAGGAUCGCCAAUAAUUGUGUUUAUCAUCAGUUCUCACCUAGUUGCUGAAAUUUACGAUUUUCAAGUUUUAUCCGAGAAAAACGACUCCAAUAGGUAUUUACAUCACAGAUAUGUCCAUAUCAUAUAUUUCGAUUUCUAAAGACGCUCCAGAUAUUGAGAAUAUUUUAGCUCUAAAUCCGAAGAUUCGCCGUCAUGCCAGCCUUCUUCCGAGUAGUGAAACAAAAGAAAACAAGAAACUUUGGAAACGAAACCAGGAGAAAUACUGCAUUUCCUGUAAACCUCUUGAGAAGAACUUCGAUGACAUUAAACACACCACACUGAGUGAAAGAGUUGCAUUGAAGGAAGCAGCGAGGUGCUUGAAAUGUGCAGACGCCCCCUGUCAGAAGAGUUGCCCGACUCAACUCGACGUUAAAAGCUUUAUUAGCAGCAUUUCCACAAAGAAUUACUACGGAGCAGCGAAAGCCAUAUUCUCUGACAACCCCUUGGGUUUAACCUGUGGGAUGGUCUGCCCGACUAGUGACCUCUGUGUUGGUGGCUGUAACUUGUACGCUUCAGAGGAGGGACCAAUAAACAUAAGCGGACUACAGCAAUUCGCAACUGAGAUUUUUAAAUCUAUGAAGAUUCCUCAGAUUCGUCCACCAGAAACUCCUUCUGUAGAAGAACUUCCCGAAAGUUACCAUGCCCAGAUAGCUCUAGUUGGUUGUGGACCGGCUAGUAUCAGCUGUGCUACUUUUCUUGCACGAUUAGGGUACUCUAACCUCACUGUACUUGAGAAGGAAGAAUACUUCGGUGGUUUGAGCUCUUCAGAAAUUCCUCAGUAUCGUCUUCCAUAUGAAGUAGUGAACUUUGAAGUAGAUUUGAUGAAGGACCUUGGAGUCAAGAUUGAAUACGGCAAAGCAUUAGGACGAGACUUCACUUUGAAGCAACUGAAGAACGAAGGAUACAAAGCCGUGUUCGUUGGAAUAGGAUUACCACAACCAAAAAUAAUCCCUAUCUUCGAAGGACUAACUGAAGGAGAUGGCUUCUAUACCUCUAAAGAGUUUCUUCCACUCGUUGCUAAAGCUAGUAAACCUGGGAUGUGCCAAUGUAAGUCAGUCCUUCCCGUACUUUAUGGUAACGUGAUAGUCCUCGGAGCUGGAGACACUGCUUUCGACUGUGCUACUUCAGCUCUCAGAUGUGGAGCAAAGCGAGUUUUUGUGGUCUUCAGAAAAGGUUUCACCAACAUCCGGGCAGUUCCUGAAGAGAUGGAGCUGGCUAAAGAAGAGAAGUGCGAGUUCAUACCGUUCCUCUCUCCAAGUAAAGUUAUAAAAGGGAGUCGUAUUACAGCAAUGGAAUUUCACAGGACUGUACAGAUAGAAGACGGACAGUGGAUAGUAGAUGAAGACCAGCUGGUAAAGCUGAAGGCAGACUUUAUUAUCUCUGCUUUUGGUUCUUCGCUUCAAGAUCCCAAAGUUAUCCAAGCCUUGGAGCCUGUGAAAUUCACUAAGUUUGGGUUACCCGAGAUUGAUAGGAAGACAAUGCAGAGUAAUGAAAAAUGGGUGUUCUUUGGAGGAGACUUGGCUGGAGUAGCAGAAACUACUGUGGAAUCAGUGAAUGAUGGAAAGACUGCGGCUUGGUACAUUCAUGAAUUUCUCCAGAGGCUUCAUGGAUUGCCAGUGCCGAAGGAACAAUACUUACCCCAAUUCUAUACUCCUAUUGAUAUGGUGGAUAUCAGUGUUGAGAUGUGUGGUCUUAAAUUCAAAAAUCCUUUUGGUCUUGCCAGUGCUCCACCAACAACCAGCAGUCCCAUGAUUCGUAGGGCAUUUGAAGAAGGAUGGGCAUUUGCCCUAACAAAAACGUUUGCUUUGGAUAAGGAUAUGAUAACAAAUGUAUCACCUCGUAUUGUUCGAGGCACUACCUCUGGGAAUAACUACGGGCCAGGUCAAGGGUCGUUUCUCAACAUAGAACUAAUCAGUGAAAAGACUGCGGCGUAUUGGUGUCAGAGCAUCAAGGAACUGAAAGCUGAUUUUCCGGAUUGCAUCGUGAUAGCUAGCAUCAUGUGCACCUUCAACAAGGAGGACUGGACAGAAUUAGCAAAAAUGGCUGAGAAAGCUGGAGCGGAUGCUUUGGAACUGAAUCUGUCCUGCCCCCACGGAAUGGGAGAGAAAGGGAUGGGCUUAGCUUGUGGACAGAGUCCUGAGUUGGUUCACAAUAUUUGUUCGUGGGUGCGAGAAGCUGUAAAACUUCCGUUUUUCGCCAAAUUGACACCUAACGUCACUGACAUUGUUUCCAUCGCAACAGCUGCUUAUAAUGGAAGAGCGGAUGGAGUGACGGUCACAAAUACAGUGUCAGGGCUUAUGGGAAUAAGAGGAGAUAGUAGUGCCUGGCCAGCAGUGGGAAUAGAGAAGUAUUCUACAUAUGGAGGAGUUUCUGGAAACGCUAUCCGCCCCAUCGCACUUCGUGCCGUGUCAGCUAUCGCCAAGGCUUUACCAGGGUUCCCAAUCUUAGCGACAGGAGGAAUAGACUCUGCAGAGGCAGGCCUUCAGUUCUUGUAUAGUGGGGCUACAGUAUUACAAGUGUGUAGUGCUGUUCAGAACCAAGACUUCACCGUCAUCAACGACUACGUAACAGGUCUGAAGGCGAUUCUGUACUUAAAAAGUCUAGAAGCAACAAAAGAUUGGAACUUUCAGUCACCACCAACACCACGCCAUCAGAAGGGAAAACUUGUACCCGUUCUGCCAGACAUUACGUUCAAGCAAAUACCUUAUUUUGGGCACUACCUGAAACACAGAGAGGGUGUAUUAGCAGAAUACAAAAGAAGAAACGACCUACUUGAUGACAGACUCAAACCCUCACUUAAUAGACCAGCUAACCAACCUGCAAAGCCAAUACUACAAAUAAAAGACAUCAUUGGAACUGCUCUCCCUCGAAUUGGAACCUUUAGUGACCUCGAUACCAACAAGCAGGUGGUGGCUCUUGUUGACGAGGAAAUGUGCAUCAACUGUGGAAAAUGUUAUAUGACAUGCAACGACUCUGGAUAUCAAGCUAUAACCUUUGAUCCAGAGACUCACUUGCCUCGAGUAACCGAUGAUUGUACUGGUUGUACGCUAUGUGUAUCCGUGUGUCCCAUCAUUGAUUGUAUUAAGAUGGUGGAUCGAACAACACCUUAUCAACCAAAACGAGGAAUAUCUCUCAGUGGAUCAACUGAUUACUGUUCUAGUCACUUUCCUCUCCCAGCCCAAUAGCAGGGCGGGCAGAUAAUUUUUUAUUAGCAUUUUGAUAGUUAAUAUUGUUAAGAUAGAUCCCUAUCUUAAAAACGUAUAUAAAUUCGAUUUCAAUGAAGACAAAUGAUAUUUUAUUAAAAUAGUUACUUUUCUUAUUUUUAAAAUACUAUAAUUUUAUAAAGCAUAGUUCAAUGAAAGAGAUUAUAUGGUAUUGAGACAGUUAUUUCUUAUUUUUAAAAUAUUUGUUUAUAAAGUGUAUGUUUCAAUGAAGUAAAUUAGAUUUUACUAAGUAUAUCAUUUGAAGUGGAAAAUACAAGCAUGUUAAUUCUUAUUUAUAUUAGUAUGAUGAUAUAAGCACAAAAGCUACAUGGUAAUGAGUUAGGCGGAAGUAUUCAAAUCUAAUUGUUCUUAGAAUUACCGUAACUAAAUAUAUUUUAGUAAUAUACUUCAAAUUAUAUCAUUACAUAUAAAAUAGAUUCCAAAGCAAACUACUGAAAUUUCGUUUCAAAGUUCAAAUAUGAUUGUAUUAGUAGCGCCAUCUUGUAGGCGUACUUAAAAAUACAAACUAAUUUCUUUUUUUAUUUCUAAUGAUUUAAUAUUAUCUUGUUUGAUGAGCAAAAUGGCGAAAUAUUAGGUACUGUAAUUCUUGUGUGAAUAUUAUAUUUUUUGUGGAGUGGAAAGUAUAAAAAGAAUCAAACGGUGAAAAUUAAUAUGAAAUAUCAGCUGUGUUGCUGGCUUAGUUAAAAGCCAAUUGAUUUUUUGUUUCUUUUAGAGUAAAGCCAUGUUUAAUAUGUCCAUCACGAGGAAUCAAGUCCCGGAUUUUAGCGUUGUAAGUCCGUAAACCUACCGCUGUCCAACCGGGUAACGUUAGUUAAUAUUUCCAUUUAUCGUUAUCAAGCAAUAAUCUCAUUUUAUUAUAUCAGCUUGACGCUGCCUUACUGUAAUAAUAUGGAAUAUUCUACUGUAGAACUCACUUUGUUUUAAAGAAAUAAACCUGGUAAGUUGCAUACAUGUUAGUUCCUCAUAAUUAUCCUCUAAUAACAACCGCAAGUGAUAAAAAGUAAUAGAAAUGUAUGUUUAAUGUAUAUGAAGACCCUGAUGCCGGGUUUCGAUACCCGUGGUGGGCAGAGCACAGAUAGCCCUUGUGUAGCUUUGUGUGUAAUUACAAACAAACAAGACCCCGACGAAGGAAAUAUGUUGAGCAUGUCAUCUUACAAGUGUUGAACCAUUUCCUGGACAAAUGAGUUUAUUAUUGUAUGAAAAUAUAUUGAAUAUAAAAUCAGCCAACCAAACUUGUUGGUUUGAAUUUCGCGCAAAGAUACGCACACAAGGGCUGUCUGCCUUAUCCAUCCCCAAUUUAACAGUGAAAGACUAG